AUGAACACCUCAGCGUUUGUUAUUACAUUUAUUGGCACUGUUGCCUCGAUUGUGGUAAUCCUUGGAAAUAUAUUCUUAAUAUUUAGCACAAGAAAAAGAAGAAAGGAAAUUGUUUUGUUUUAUUUUCGAUUUCACAUUGAUGUUUUGUUCGGAUUGUCUUACUUCUUAUACUCGUUCUUCAUCCUGGGCUUCACAAUAUAUGGUUCUUCAUUUUUCAUUUCAAAUUCUGACCUUUUUUGGUUAGGCCUACCGUUUUCAAAUAUAAGCGCUGCAAGAACCUUUAUAGUUCUCAUAAUUGUCAUGGAUAGACUUUUGGCAACUUACCUACCUAUUAAAUAUCACGUGGCUCGACCUCGAAUUUCAAACCUACUAUUCUACAUUCCUCCAUUUAUAUUUCUCAUUGUCGAGGACUUUGUUAUUUUCAUAAUUUGUGGAAAAAAUUUAAAACAUAUCCCAGACAGUUGUACAACGUUCCCAUGCACCUUGAAUACUUGUGCAUAUAAUUGGUGGACCACUUAUAAGUCUGUUAUAUUUCCUGUGAUCAUAUUCUUCACAAUAAUUCUUUGCAUUAAGCUAAUGCUUUUUUCAAAAACUCUGCAAAACUCUGGAGUUACGAAAAGAGCCAAUCGACUAGCUCUUCUCGACGCUUUUUUGAUUUUCUUCUUCGACUUUGUUCCAUCGUUUGUGGCUCACGAGUUUCCCAAUUCUCCGUUGAUAGCCUACACGACUACAGGACCAGUUACUGCAAUGCUGAAGCAAGUCGGAAGAGCAAUUGAAUCAAUUAUUGUCAUUGAAAUUUUAGUUAGAAGACAAUCAAAAAUUGAGGAUAGUCGACGAUCUAAAAGAUCUACUCAGCCUAUACCUCAUAUUGCCACUAUUUCGAAACCUUGA